CAGCUCAAAGUAUGAACAGGGCCGAGGACUUUCUCUUUCUUCCAUGUCGUGAAAAUGCGCGAGCUUUAUCAUUUGAGCACAGGGGUCUCUGUCUCUGUCCUCUCUCUUUAGCUCCGCUUUAACUCUCACGCGGUCUCUGUCCUUUGUUCGUUCGUUGGUCGACGCGUGCUUUCGCUCUUCCUUUUCACUUCCCUUCCCGCUUUAUUCCCUCCCAACAACCCGCCAUUGAAGGAACCGCUUCAUCUGCCACUGAUCCAUCCAUCACGUCCCAACUCACCUCGAGCGCUUCAUUGAAAGCUAAAUACUUCGUGGGUAUCUCUCUUUUUUGUCAUCUGGGUCGUUCUUGAUCCGCGGUAUAGGUUUGGUUGUGGGGGUAUGUGCGUGAGAAGUGCUUGGAAUCGAGUAGAGCGCACCGACCGUUCGUGUUUUCUUGUCUUGUUGAGCUGUGUGGUGCGUUUGUCGUAAGAUUCUGGAUUGGGCUGCCACUGAAAAAUCCUUCCUUGUCGAUAUAUUUGUCUUCUGGAUGGCUCCUACGUACUUUCCUCUUCGGUGGGAGAGCACCAGGGAUCAAUGGUGGUAUGCGUCCCCCAUAGACUGGGCGGCUGCGAACGGCCACUACGACCUGGUCCGCGAGCUCCUGAAGAUCGACAACAAUCACCUCAUCAAGCUCACGUCCCUCCGCCGGAUCCGGCGGCUCGAGACCGUGUGGGACGACGACGAGAAGUUCCACGACGUCGCCAAGUGCCGGUCUCAGGUCGCGCGGAAGCUCUUCCAGGAGUGCGAGUCCAAGAGGGGCAAGAAGAAUUCCCUCCUCCGAGGCGGCUAUGGCGGGUGGCUCAUGUACACCGCCGCGUCGGCCGGGGACUUGGGCUUCAUCAAAGAGCUGCUUGAGAGGGACCCUUUACUUGUUUUUGGAGAAGGCGAAUUUGGGGUCACUGAUGUGCUUUAUGCUGCUGCUAGGAGCAAGAGCUGUGAAGUGUUCAAGGUUGUUUUCGAUUUUGCGAUCUCACCAAGGCUUUCGACAGGGAAAGGUGGAGAAUUGGAGGAGCAUAUCGGGGAAAUUCCUUCGCUUUAUAGGUGGGAGAUGAUGAACAGGGCUGCCCACGCUGCAGCUAGGGGAGGGAAUUUGAGGAUUCUGAAGGAGCUUUUGAGCAAUUGCUCUGAUGUUUUGGCUUAUAGAGAUGCUCAAGGAUCCACCAUCUUACAUGCAGCUGCGAGCAAAGGACAGGUUGAGGUAGUUAAGUACCUAACAGAAUCCUUCGAUAUUGGCAACUCCACAGACCAUCAAGGCAACACAGCACUAAACAUUGCUGCUCUCAAGGGUCAAUUGGCCACAGUCCAAGCCCUGAUAUCUGCUUCACCCUCGUCUGUCUUCAUCAGAAAUGAUGCUGGAGAAACCUUCCUCCACAUGGCAAUUUCUGGGUUCCAAACUCCUGGCUUCCGAAGAUUGGACAGGCAGAUGGAGCUCAUGAAGCAAUUGGUACAUGGAAAAGUUUUGGAAGACAUCAUAAAUGCAAAGAAUAAUGAUGGCCGAACUGCUCUUCACAUGGCAAUCAUCGGGAAUGUUCAUUCAGAACUGAUUGAACUUCUGAUGACUGUCCGCUCAAUUGACGUGAAUGUACGUGAUGAAGCAGGCAUGACUGCACUCGAUCUACUCAAACAACGGCCACAUUCUGUAUCGUCAGAUAUCUUGAUUAGACAAUUGAUUUCAGCUGGGGGAAUGUUUGGAGCUCGGGACUUCACGGCCCGCAAAGCCAUCGCUUCCCAUUUGAAGAUGCAAGUCAAUGGAAGCAGUCCAGGGACGUCCUUUAGAAUCGUCGAUAGCGAAAUAUUCUUGCAUACAGGCAUUGAGAAUGCAUUAGAUGCCAAGGAUCUGACUAUUCCGGGGAUUGCUUCAUCUUCAUUCGAUUCAACCAAUGAGAAUGAUAGCUCAUUCAUUUGCAAGAAACCGGGCACUGCAAAUUCUGCUGCGCAGCGGCUCAGAAAGGUUCUGUUGUGGCCUCGUAACAAAGAAAAAAAUACCGAGAGAGGUAAAAGAUCGGUUGAUGCAGGAUCAGGUAACUGUAGCUCAGACGAAAAUCCUGUCCCCCUUCGGCAGAGAUUCUCAAAGCCCUCUUCGCUUCCUAACAACAAGAGGACGCUGUCAGUGAGGAGCAAUACUUCUAGUCCAUCCAAUAGAAAGAAGUUGGCUUCGGGUUUAAGGCAAGGGGUUUUGCAGGCUGCGCCAAACCUGAAUCUUCCGCGCCGGUCUCGUUCCAGCUCGUUUUCAAAGUCACCACUUUCGUCGCCCAAUUCAGUGAACAAUUAUAAGCAGAAGGGUGUCUAUGUUGAACACGAUGUGGCCGGGCCAUCAUGCACCAAGGAAGUCAGUACAGAUGGCACUUCGAAACCGAGGGAUAAACGAGGCUCCUUCGUCAAGAAAUUCAGGGGUCAGUACUUCUGUUUCGGUGCUUCGAGCCUAUCCCCACGAACACCGGUUAUGAGGAGACAGUGCCAGAAUCAGGCUUACAAGUGUCCUGUCCCUUCAGUGGCCUAACCGGAAGGGACCAAGAGAUUUUGAGAUGUGCACCCCUGAAGACGGCCGCUGAUCACUGGUCGAAGCACGGGAGCGACUGCCAAUCAUGGAAGUCUCAAAGACAGCAGAUCCUGGAUGUUCAUGUCUUUGUCCAUGGACUCUUAAAUCCCUUAAAAGUUGUUUAUUUUGUGGUAAGAAUGAUUGUGUAAUUUCCUAGUCAUCGUCCAAUGUAAUAUAAAUCGUAUGAUGUUGUUAAGCAUAUUAACUCAGUGAGGAAAUUGUCUGUGUUCUUA